UCGUCGGUUGAAAAAUUUAAUUUUGCUAAAAUUUAAGCGCGUUUUUUAUAAGUUAUAUCCAUAUAUUUCUUAAAAAUUUUCAUUUAAAAAAUAUAACUAUUUGAAGUGCACUUAUAGUCGCAAAAUGAUUUGACUUCAAUUUGAGUUAAUUAAUGCGCACCAGCGCUGGAAAAGUGUUUAUUUGUAACAAGUGAAGAGGAAGCGCAACGAAGAGUGCUGCAUGAUUUCCGCGGGUGUGUGUGUGUGUUGAUAGUAUGUGGAAAGUGCAAUCCAAGUGAAGAAAGUGCAAUCACGAAAAAUCUAUAUAUACCCAUGCUUACACGCAUGCAUAUAUGUAUAUGUAUACAAGAAUAUGAAGUGAAAAUUCGCAGCUUCUUUGCAUGUCUAUUUUCACAUAUAAAAAUUGCCUAUUUGCCUGUUCGUUGCAACAAACAGGUUCAUCCGAGUACGCGUGCGCAGACAAAUGUCCGGUUGCAGAUAACCGCCUUGGCGACUUAAAAGUCAUUUAGCGCAGACACAUUCAAUCAAUAGAAUAGAUUUUAGCUACAGAAUCAGCACUAAAAAUAGGAAGAAAAUUAUCACUUUAAAUUCAUUUGCAUUUAAUAAAAUUAAUUUUGUUUGUGAAAGAUUUAAAAUGCGCUGCAUGUUGAACUCGAACUUGACUUUAAAACGUAAACGGCAAUCGAAAGAUAUUUAACUGACGACUACUGACUCAUUUUUGUUAUGUUUGUUGUUGGCAUUGACGCAGGAAUGCCAAAUAUGCGCGACAUUCGACUAAAACUUCGGUGCCGCGCGUAGUUCUCCGAUUUUGUUUCAUUGGUAUUCGAGUGAAGAGGUUUGUCUCACACUGCCAAGUCUCCGGUGGACUGACUGCCAUUUGUGCAGCGGCUAUCAUCUGCAACCAAAGUAAUUGGUGCCAACUCAAAAUAUGCAACACCAAAGAACGUGAGCUGAUAGCAAAUCAAAUAACCAAAAACAAAAACUUAGUACAAAUAGUGUUUAACAACAAAAACGAAAAUAAAAAUGUUGGACAGUGCAAAGGAAACAACGGGUGCAAUGUUAGCAACAUUCGAUACAGCAGUGGCUUUGGCCAAAACGGCUGCUGAAGAUGCAAAUAAAAGUGAAUUUCUUACCACAACUCACACAACAAAUUCAUCGCCUUCAAAAGCAAAGACACUUUUCAGUUGGUUUCGAGGUGGCCACACAAAACUAUAUAGCAAAGCCGACUCCAACGUACCCACAACAAAUAGGGAGCAAAACCAUAUAGACGGUGGAGUUGAAGAAGCGGAGGUGGUGCACAUAAAGGGUGGCGUCAAACAAUUAACGCCACAAGCACAGCCGAUCGCAGCAGCAGUAACGAGCGCUGCAGAGCGCGACGUAACGUUACGCGAAUUUCGCGGCGUCCAAAGUUUGCGACACUUGUGGAAUAAGCGCAUCAGCGCAAGUGAAGACGCCACACGGCGACAAAGCACAUUAAGCGACAGUAAGGCGAGCAAAUUAACGAAAUCGAUUGGAUGUUUAGUGAAUACGGCGGCCGCGUCAACAGAAACUACUAAGUCUACAACACCUGUCAAAGGCAAAGCUUUGCGUCAAAAACGCUCGCAUAGCUUACACGAUUGUACUCAGGUAGGCGUGCACGUUGAAGUGACCACGACUGAGUCGGAAAUCGACUGUUUACAUCGCGAAAAAGAUAACUUUUACAAGUACAAAACGGCGGAACAGGCAGCAAAACAUUUGACGCGCGAAACGCGUCUGCGUACCAAAAAUGCGCGACGCGUCACCGCCGGCAUAGUUUGUAACGAGACACGCAGCAAUGGUGCACACUUUCCCGCAGUGAAGGCGAGUGAUCGUGGCGAACAUAUUCAUUGGCUAAAACGGCAGGACAUGGUGACGAAAAGUCGUGAAAACGCAGAUAUGGCAGUUGUGAGUACCCCUACUGACCGUGAAACCAUUACAGCGUCGGCUGAAACAUUAUCAGCCGACGACGUUGUUAUCAGUGAGACAGCAAACAGCGCAACGACAACAAUAACAACUGCAUUGGCAAUAACACCAGCGACCCUUGCUCAACGGAAUAACUACGCGGCUGAUUCUUCUGAUAAUGAUACGCUUGCCGCUAACAAUUCGCCUCGCCGUUCGGCCAGUCGUAAGCGAAACUCAUACCGCGAAGUAACAAAUACGUCGCUCGCAAAACGCAGCAGCACCGAUUCAAAUAAAUCGAAUUCACUAACAUUAUCAACAUCGGGAUCAGUAACAGGUGGCACGAGUACAGGAGGCCGCAGCGCACGUCGCACCGCCUCCUCGUCGUCAUUCUCAGCGUCGGCGCGCAAAUAUAGCUUCAAAACACAUACGCGCACGUAUCACGCGCCGCGCAAAAUGAGCCAACGUGACAGCAGCACUGUUGGCAGUGCAAACGGUAUCGGUGGUGCAUCCACUUUUGUGCCAGGGGGCAGCAAUAUAGUCGCCAAAUUGACGCAACAAUUCAAUGAAAUGAUACAGAAAGAUAAGAAGUUGUUGGAAGAGGUAAAACGGAAGAAUGGCGUACUGCUGUCGCGCGGCGGACAUGUUUACAAAGUGGUGGAGAAUCCAAAGGCAGUAUCAGAGGGUAAUAAGCGCGCUUCACCGAGCAUCAGCCGGAGCAUUACGCGCGGACAGAAUGGCACUGCUUCGCAUGCCUCAACAGUGCAGCGAAAUAUUAUAAAAUUUGAAGGUGGUCCAGAGAUAGAGAAGCCAGCAGUGCCGGUAAAAAGUGCACAGGUACUGCAAAAGUUGCGUGAAUUAAGUAAAACACAACAAUAUAGUCUGAACAAUAAUGGCAAUGGUGGAUCAAAACGUUUGCACCUGAAGCUGCCGAUCGCAGCAUCGACAAACGAGCUGCAGCUGAAACUUGAACUGAAGAAGGCACAAUUGGCGCUGCCGCUGUCGCCGCCACUGGAGGUCGUAACCGAGGAGUCAAAGACGCCGUUAGAAACAUACGAAAAAUCGAUCGGCAUUAGUCAGUUGGAAAGUGGCAACACUGUUAAGCUGGCACUGGUGGACGGGGUGAAUGAGAAAAUUACGGACAGCACGUACGGGACAGUAAACAGUAAAGACAAUAACAACGGCAAUGAAGGCGACACAAAAACAUUUACUGUGGUUGAACUGGAAAAAGAGUGCAAUCAGAAGCAUAGCUGUGGCAUUAAAAGCGAAUCACUUAAUGACGUCUGCAGUUGCGGAGCCCCGCAAGUAUUCACAGUUUCUAACGCCAGGGAUGUGGCAACCGAAGCAAAAAAUAUUGAAGAACGCAUAGCAGCCAAGGAAGAAAGUAAUGAUGCGGAAAACAAUACGAUUUGCAUUGAGGCGAUUUCGACUGAAGCAAUAAAAAGUGUAACAACAAAAGCUAUUGCGGAGGCCACCAUUAAUGCUGAGCUUAGUAUUCCCACGUUUGUGACGACAUUGGGAACUUUGGACAGCGCAGAAAGAACAAAAACAACUGACACGAUUGAAGCACCAGCAAUUGCAUUGCAAACAACGGAGGAAGCACAAAAAACCACUGCAGAUUCCAUUGACGACCAGCUUGAUUCAGCUAAUGAUGAGAAGGCUAAGCAACGCAAGCACAAGUACGCGAAAAUCUAUGAAAAGUUUCGCUUUAGGUCACCAUUUGCUGGUGGCCACAGCAACAAGAAGCUGACAUCGAAGCAGCCAGUAAACGGGGUUGAAAUGAACUGUGAAUUCAAGCGCCCAGCGGCUGAAAUUGCAGAAGAUGCAGUAAAAACUAUACAAACACCGAAAAUCAUUCCAACAUCUGCACCAGCUUCGGCACCAGUAUUAACGGCGACGGCGGCAAAUAUUCCAAAAGAGACUGAUAAGAAUAUGGAAAUCGGCUGUAUCUUAGAUUCCGAAAAUACUGCCAAACCAGCUUCUGAACCUGAAUCAAAGUUGCUCGAUGCACUUGAGAUUAUUGAUCACAAGUUGAAAGAUCUCGGCAUAGACAAAGUUGACGAAAACACUGACGCUCUUUUGAUUUCACCAGAUGAUGACUUCGAACAGCGCGUACUACCAAACAACUCCUUCGUAUUCAAGGCGAGCACUAAGCAGGUGGUCAAUAAUAAAUUGAUUGUCACGCAGGCGGUGAAUGUAACGCUGGUUAACAGUAUUGAGGGCGAACAGAUGAUACUAGAGCAAAAGGAACUGCAACGACUGCAGUGUGACUAUAGCGAGCUUGUGCGUCCACUCAGCGUGAAUUUGGAGCAGCCAGUAUUAGGCGCAUGUGAAGCCAACACGCAAGUGCAACAGCCGGCCCCAGUGGAGCCAAUGUACGAACCAAUCGCCGCACAGACUGAUGUAACAAAGACUGAAGUGCACUCGACAUUGACCGACUUGUCGCCUCCGACAUCUUCCCUCUAUAAGAGCUGUGCAGCGACCAUAGAAAAGAAGUCCAUUGAAACUGAUACGCCGUCGGCAGAAAACGCAAUGCACUCAGUGCCAUUAAUGGAAAUUUAUAAAUCUUUCGAAGACAUUUAUCAAACUGUGGAAGAGGUCAAUGAGAUAACUUCGCAAAUAGUAGCUGAAGCGACAGAUUCUGCACUAUUGACCGAUUAUGAAUCCAUAGCUGGCUCCUGCGAGCACACUACGCCAGCAACAACUGCCAUUGGCGCAAACCGUAGCGGCAAGCCACUUUAUGAUGGCUAUGAAAUUUGUGAGCCGCCACCGACACUGCCUAUCAAUGCAUUAACAACUAUUGAUGUAGCUGCCAGCAGUGCAAUAUUUACCCAACAAUCGUCCUUGGGUGGAGGUAAUGUGCGCAACACAAAUGAUGAGCUUCCCGAACUGCCCAAACCAAAACGUCGUCUGCCCAAAUCCCCAAUGCCAAGCAAACGUUCGCCGAAAUCUGCAGCUAAAAUUGCAUCUACAUCUACCAGUCGAAGCAGUAGUAGCAAAAGUAACAGUCAUAACACCAUAACUGGGCUGGACGACCAAGAUGAUGAUCAUCACUAUUAUGCCGAUGAUGAGAAUAUCUAUGAUACCAUCAAAGGUUCGCACUGCUAUGAAUCUCUGCAUGCCUUAAGCAUCGCCACACAAAAAUCUUCCAGCGCUGCGACGAAAUGUGGCAAUGAUAAUAUCUCGCUCACCUCCAAUUGCUACGAGAGCAUCUCACAUUAUCGGCGUGCCAGCCACAGCAAUGGUGGCGGCAGUCAUUUGACGGGCAGCAGUAGCGGCUCAACACUCACCAUUUCAUCGGAUCACAAAACGAACAGUUUGUACGAGAUGUCUGUGGCGGCAAGUAUGAUCUAUGGUACUGGCAGUUUGGGUUCUAGGCAAUCGGUAGCGGAAAAGACGAGUGUGAGCGUUUCCGGGCGUAAUAAGGGAAGUGAUGAAUCAGUGGGCACGAAAAUUUAUUAUCAAUCGCAUGGUGGCGCAUCAAGUGAUAACAGCGAUGAGUGGGUCGACAUAUCAGACCCAGAGGCGGAGGGUGCGGAACAAUUGGCGAAACAGCAAUUCAUUGUCGUACGAGAACGCUCCAAAGUCCAUCGCAGCCCGGAUUGGUCAAAACGUGUUAGAGAUAAACGGUUGCAUCAAAAGAAAGCGAUAAGUUGCAUUGAAGAUGACUCUGACCACUACUAUGAGACAUUGUCACCUUUAGGAAAUAAACGCCACUCCACUCUACCAGCACAGCGUUCAAAUAGUCAUCACAAACGCGAUCAAGAUUUAGCCUAUAUUGCGAAGAAUGGCUCGCAGGGCAGUAAGCAAUAUUCGGCCUCCAUGCAUGGCUUGGGCACGUUAGUGACAUCAGACGAUUAUGACUCUUUCGAUACAGACACCGAUGAUAUUUAUGAAGCGAAGGAGAACAUAAAAAAUCAGAAUGACAGCGGCGUGGAUAUACGCAAUGUGAAACUCCCUGAUCCACCUCCUUCCACUAAUCAAGUAUACGCUAUAGUACGCAAACUGAAGAAUUUCAUCUCAAAUAAGAAAUCUCCGGGUUCGCAUUCAAAGUUCGGCGAUAGUCAGCAAAAACUGUACGAAAACUCCACUCAAUUCUAUGUGAGUGGCAAUAUUUAUGAGAAUACACCAAAGACUAAAUCCAAACCACAGAAAAAUGUGAAAAGGACACCUCCAUCUGUACAAAAUCAAGAUAUUUAUGAGAACACCGAGUUCCAUAGUCCGCUUGCGAUCGUGCCAGAUGAUAAACAAGUUAGCACAGCGGAAACGAUUUUAAGUAGUCCCACGGAAGCUAAGCCCGAAACAUCUGACACAACUACCACGUUACGUUCCAAGUCUAAGGCGGGGAAGAGUUUCAAAUCACGUCUGCGCAAAAGUCUAGUCGGUUCCACAUUUGAUAUGAAGCAACUAUCGACGUUGGCGCCUACACGUAGCACCUUUUACAUUGAAGAUCCAACGUAUGGGGGCUCUGGUGAGUUAGAUUCAGGCUUCUCUGAGAAAGCUUCUUCAGGUGAUCUGCCCACAAUACCUACACCUGAAUCACAGAAAUUCUCAACUGUCGCACGUAAGGCGAAAAAGGAAACAAAGGCGUCAAAUUCACAACGGCGAAGAACUACCAUUGGUAUACGACCGCAAGAUCCGCCACCACCACCCCCCGUCGCGUCAUCAACAACGUCUUGGUAUGCUGAAUGUGGGGUAUUCAAAAGUGGUACGAGCGGCAUGCUACAAGAGUCGGAAAUUUCGAUGAACGAUAGUAAGGCGAGCCAGAGUGGUUCUUCGGUUUUUAAUGGCAAUUCCUGGUACACCGAAGCAGGAUUGUAUCAGACCAGCGGCGUAUCUGUAGCCAGUUCGAGCGGCAGUUCAGGUGUAUCUACUGGCAAUGAAGGCGCAAUAGGUGAUGAGCUACCACACAGCAUGUUCCAAAACGAGCCGCUCUACCAGAUCUACAGUGCCGCUAAGCUGGAGUCCAUCACACGCGACAUGGAGGGGCAUGACAGUUCAACAGAUGGUUAUGAGGAGAUCGGUCAUAAUGGAUCGGCAAGCGAGGCCUGCAUAAGUAGUCAAAAGCACCAACGUCCUAGUGCUUUCCAACUAAUUGAACCAAAGAAUGGACCAUCCCGUACAUUGUGGAGUGAAAUUCCAGAGGUCAUAAAUUCGUGUGUUCUAGCUACACUCACACCACGGGAACGCAGUCUGCAGGAGGCGAAGUUCGAGAUUAUCACCUCUGAGGCGAGUUACCUGAAAUCUCUAAACCUGCUGCGUAAUCACUUCAUGAAUCAUCCAAUAUUUCGGGAUACGAAUGUGGUGAGCCCCCGCGAUCGCAAAGCCUUGUUUGCAUACAUUGUGCCUGUACAUGAAUGCUCUGAAAGGCUGCUCACUGAAAUGGAAUCCUGCUGGCAAGAUAAUAUAAUGUUAAUCGGUUUAAGUAAGCGCAUCUUUACCGUUGCGGAGAAAUAUUUCCAUGUGUACAUAUCGUUUUGCGAGCACCAAGGCCGCAUGGACAGAACAUUGCGACGGUUGAAGGAGAGUCGUGGUAUUUUUGCACAAAACCUGCAUCUUCUCGAAACGAGUCCAACCUGUUGUGGCCUGAAUCUGCACUCUUUUCUCAUGUUGCCCAUGCAACGCAUUACACGUCUGCCGCUGCUUAUAGAUGCCGUAUUUAGUAAAGUAAGCCCCAAUGAUGACGAAUACGAGAACUGGAAGAUGACAUUGGCUAUCAUGAAUAAGAUUGUGACACAGUGUAACGAAGCCGCCAACCGCUGUGAGCAGGCGUACGAGAUCGAGCGUAUAGCGCGUCAGUUGGAGUUCCCAUCGACGAUACGGGCUUUGGCCAUAGCGCCUGCGGGUGUGCCCGCACCGGGUUCAAAGCCGCGGUUUCUGGUGAAACGAGGUGAAUUGACGCAUUUCAUUUGGCGUGGUGACGAUGUCAAACUUACUUUCGGAAAGAAAUUUUCCAAAGUGGCCAUCUACGCUUUCCUUUUCUCUGAUCUGCUCGUGCUAACGAAACGCAAAGGGGAGGAACAAUUCGCAGUUUUUGAUUAUUGCCCACGUAAUAUGCUGACUAUCACAUGCGGUGAUCUGCGUGAUAUUAGUCAGACGCACAAAAAUCUAAUACUGAUGACUUUGUUGGAGAAUCACGAGCGAAAGACUGUGGAACUAGUCCUUUCUUGCCCAUCAGUUUCCGAACAGGAACGUUGGUUGCAGGCAGUUCGGCCGCCCGAACCAGAGACGCCCGGUGAAAAGCUUUACGCCCCCUGGGAUUGUCCGCAAGUGAUAACGAAGCACGCAUAUGAAACCAGAGAACCAGACGCUCUAAGUCUGGAGGUGGGAGAUGUAGUGAAUGUGACACGAAAAUUGCCAGAUGGUUGGUACCAGGGUGAACGCAUACGUGAUGGCGUUGUAGGUUGGUUUCCGGGCAGUUAUACGGAAGAGGUAAAUUCAGCGCAUGUGCGCGCUCGCAAUCUCAAACAGCGUCAACGUCUGCUGACUUUUACAGCCACAUAUCUCGAGUCGCAGAAGCGGAAGUAGGCAAUUUAUUUAUGGGGCAAAGCAUGUCUCAGGCGUUUGCCACAGUUAUAAAUGUAAAAGAUAAAGUGUAAUACAGUCGAACUUCCAUAUAGUGAAUUCGCACGGGACCUGAAAAUCACUUCACUAUAUAGAAACUUCAUUAUAAAGAAACAUUGAUUUUUUAUGUAAUUUUAUUUAAAAUAAUCAGUGAGUUUGGUUUGAAUUACAGUCUUCCAUUUUUCAUUUUCAAUAAAAGCUUCCAAAUCAUGUAGAGAGUUGAAAACAUUAAUCGGCACGUCACUCCUCAUUUCCACAAAGGUUCUAAUUACGCCAAUGGAUGAAGCAGCUUGUAUCAACGUAGGUAAUGCCUCCUCAGUUUCUGCCAAUUCUUCAACGGUCAAAUCGUGUUCAUCGUUAUCUGAAAUAAUAUUUACAUAUUAAAUUUUUGUUUGACUAUAAAAAGAUAAAUGCUUACCAGGUUCAGCUGGAACUCCGCGACUUUCAAAAAUGCUGUUGAGAAUAUCUUCUUCGGAUGGGUUGUCCCAAGUCUGCACACCAUUAUCAACAUUUACGUAGUCAUCAAACGAUGCUUCGAUAUUUGCUACUUUUUUAAAUGAAGACUGUAAAGUAGCCAAACCCGAUAUUGAAAGAAGGUCCUCUUCAUCCCAAUGCUCAAAUGGAAUCUGCAUAGCAUCUUUUCAAAAUCCAGCCUUUUUAAAACAGUUGGCAAUUGUUUCUGGUUUAACAUAGAUAUUCCAUACAUUGCUAAGAUUUCGAACUGCUUGCAGCAAGUCUAUGGCCAUAACAGAAUUUCCCUCAUCCACUUGAGUCAAUAUAUUCGUUAAAAUUCGUUUUCUGUAACGUUGUUUCAUGUUGUUGAUAAUGCCUUGGUCCAUUGGUUGCAGUAACGAAGUCAUGUUGGGAGGAAAAUAAGCGAGAUGAAUGUUUCUCAACUUGUCUCUUACAUCUUUAGGGUGGGCAGUGCAGUUAUCAACAAAAAACAACACCUUUCUGUUUUGAUCACAAAAUUUUUUGUCGAGUUUUACAAUCCAUUUCGUAAAAAUCUCACUGGUCAUCCAUGCUUUUUUGUUAAACUCAUAAUCGACACCUAAAGAUUUUAUUCCCUUGAAGCACCUCGAAUUUUUGGCCUUUCCGAUUACCAGCAAUUUUAGCUUUUCUGAUCCAGUCAUAUUGCUUCCCACCAGAACAGUUAUUCUCUCCUUGCUUUGCUUCCCACCAAAGCAUUUUUCAUUUUUGAAUGCCAGUGUUUUAGUUGGCAAGCAUUUGAAAAACAAAGCAGUCUCGUCGGCAUUAAAAAUGUCGUUAAUGUUGUAAUUUUCAAUUAAUUUCGGUAAGACGUUCGUUACCCAUUCAUCACGGUUUUCUAUGUUGGCGUCAGCACUUUCCCCACAUAAUGUCUUUUGAAUAACGCCAUGCCUACUUUUGAACUUGUCUAACCAACCUGUACUUGCCUCAAAUUCGUGGUGUCCUAGUACUUCCGCAAAAUCUUUGGCCUUUUGCUUCAAUAAUGGUCCAGAUACAGGGAGAUUCUUACCACGUGCAACGAGUAACCAUUUCAGCAUUGCUUCGUCAAUAUCCUCAAAAUGACAAGGUCGAAGUCUUUUGCGUUUGGUAUUUACUGCCAAAUCCUCCGCAUUUUUUAAAAUCACUUCCUUAUUUUUUAAAAUAUUUGAUAAAGUACUGGGAAGAACUCCGAAUUCAUUGGCAAUAUCUUUUUUUUUUUUCUUUCCUUCAUUAACUUUGUUAAUCAUUAAUAACUUUUUUUCAAGCGAAAUGCUGCUUCGAUGCGUCAUUUUAACUUCAAUCACUGAAUAAAACUGUAAUAGCUCAGCUCUUUCUGUUUUAAUUUUGGGAUUCCCCUCAUAACAGUUUGUCCGCAUCUAACUGUAAUUUUUUGCAACAGAAAACUUUUGAAAAAAUUCACUAUAUGGAGACAAAAACUUAGGACGCUUGAAUUUCCAGCUGUAAAAUUUGUUCAUUAUAUAGAAAACUUCACUGUAUAGAAAUUCAUUAUAAGGAGACAAAAAUACACCGAAAGUAGAAAGAAAAAGCAGUGUCUUCGAAACCAGUUCAUUAUAAGGAGAGCUUCAUUAUAUGGAAGUUCACUGUAGAGAAGUUCGACUGUACAUGUGUUUGUGCCUUCUCAAUGUUAAGAAGUUUUUGUUUUAUUAUUUAAGUGUUAAAAUUAUGAAAACUAAAUAUGUAUUUGUCUUUAAUCAAUAAUUUACUUAUAAAAAUAGUUACCCAUAUUUCGUCGCAUAAAAUUAUACGCAUACAUAUAUAUGUUUGUAUGUAUAUUAAAUAUUUAUUAAACAUGUGAUAAAAAUAAAAAUAUGACUUUACCUAUGAAUGUACUUGUAAAGGGAAUUCGUUAUUAAGAUAUAAAUUAAAAUUGUAUUAUUUGCUUAAAUGUACAUAUAUGUAGAAUUUAUAUAUAUAAAAACUGCGUCAUAAAAGAAAAAUCUUGUCGAAAUAAUUUUUAACAGAAUUUUUGAUUUCGAAAAUGUUAUAAUAUAUUAUAUAUUACAAAAAAUAUUUAUAUCUCUACAAUUAUGAAUGUACGACAAAAUGUUGUUAAUUAAAAAGAUAAGGCGAUAGGUAUAAGUAUAACGCUAGAA